CUCUUUCACCUCGGCCUGGCCCUGCACCCACGCAUGGUGCCCACAUCUGAAUCUGGUUACCGGACACGAUGUGAUAUUUCGUUCCUUAACUAAUCCGUCAGCGCCGUAGAGAUCCUCCUAAUCUCCUUCUCCUCCUCCGCGGCUCUGAAGGUUUCUGUAAAUCUCUCGCUCUUUCUUUUCUUGUAGUUGCAGGUGAAUCCGCCAUCUUGCACCCCCGGUCCCCACAACCCUUCCUCCUCUUCCUCUCCCUAGAUCUCACAUGCGCACGACACCGACUAAGGAAAGAAAUCAACAUGUAUUAGUUGUCGCGUGAUUAGGCUAUUAAUCAGGAUUAGGGAAGAAAUAAAAUAGAAGAUACAGAUACAAACAAAUUACUCCACUUAUCUGAGAUGGACUGACACCACUUGUAGUAGGGCGUGGUUGGUCGAAGAUGCCUUGUCAUCGUAGAUGAAUUGGAUGCUGCUGCGCCGAUGGAGGAAGGGGUACUGGAGCCGCAUUGAUGGAGGAUGGGGUGUCGAGAAGUCGGUCGAAGAUGCCUCGUCGUCGCAGAUGAGCUGGCCGAUGUCACGCCGAUGGAGGAAGGGGUGUUGGGGAAGUCCUUCGGCUCUAGAUCGAUACCACACUUCUCACCAUGGGUUCGCAGGCGGCGCGGUGGCGUUGAGCGCCCGUCGCUGGUCGCCAUUGCCACAUCGGGAUCUUGUGCGAGGGUGGCGUCGGGAAGUCAGCUUGGGGGUGGGGCGACGUGUCAGCGAGGAGGUUCAUGGUAAACAUUUCAAUGUCAGAACUCAUAAAUAGAUGAAACAAACUUGGCUAACUCACCCAACAUGCAGAAUUUGGAACACAAAUAGCAAAAAAAUGAUUUCCACCAAAAGAUACAUUGUAACCAAAUUCUAUGACAGGAAGCAACCCAGAUCUAAGAUACCAAGAUUCAUUUUCACCCCUUCCAACAUACUAAUACAAUAAACAUAUUCUAUUAGACGUCAUGCAAAUCUUAAUGUAUUCCGCGAGACAAAUUACUUGUAAGAAUGAAUAAGAGCAUUAGUAUUACGGAAAUGAAUGGAGAAUGCUUUGGCUAGGGCAGGACAAAAGUACCCUGACAAUACAAUAGUUAGAAAACAACAAAUGCAUAAAAAUCUUGGUCUGCGCCAUGAAACCAACUCAACAUCAGCAACACUGAUCUUACCCGGUCUGCAAACAUAAUCUUCCAAAUCAAUCUCAUCACUCAAAUUCACCUUAGCAGUGCAGACUUGAAUUGAAACAGCAACCAGCAAAACCGUUCAGAGAAAAAUAUAAUCCCAGUGACAAAUACAAAAAAUCAAAUCAAAACAUAUAAAGAAGAAAACAAUUUAGUUUGCAUUGACCACAUAUGGUUGACAGACCAUAUGACAUUAUCAUAAUUGAGCAUGUGCAUCUGUGCAGAAAAAGUUGGCAACUGAUAUGCAAUAUGACAUGGUUGAAAAAUUUAAUUAAUUACCAAAUAAAGAAACUUGAGCAGCUUAAUAGUUAUUUGCACGAGAUAAAAAAAUAUGAUCCCACUUUCCAGUUAGCUUAAAUUUGGUGCAUGUGAAUCUAAUGCAUGACUACAUGAUUCUCAAAGCUUUGAAAGGAAAGCAAUAUGCCACAAAUGUGUCAUUUGCUAUUGCAGCAUAUGCCGUAAUCUGCAGACCUACGUAAUAUGGAUAUUUAUUGCAUAGAAUGGGUUUCUUGUAGCUAGUACAAAAAUUACUGCUAAAUAGCCUUCUAAGAAAAUUGGUGUUGGUAGUAGAGAAAUCACAAUGCAAAAUGUGGGUUAUAACGCCUAUGUUCCAAAAGGCAACAGGUGCGAGGAGUUUGAGAUGUCAAUGUAAAAUGGCAGGGAGAAACUUUUUUUAACAUACAAGUAGUUUAUUUUGUAACAUACACAGGUAUUUUUCACUCAGCAAGGGGUCAUCAAAGAACAAAGCACAUUAAUCCCAAUAAGUUGAGGUAAUUCUCCAAUUGAACCAAUUAAUAAAUAAAAGAAUAGCAAAACCUGUAUCAUCCCUAUUGGUAGCCGCGUGGACCGCCGCUGAACAAAAACAUGAAAGAGGUAAUUUUCUAGAUAGUUCUUUUGCUAUAAAACAAAUAUUCAGUUUGACCAUUAGAUAAUCUGUAGUUUGGGCAUUCGUCAUAAAACCAAGAAUGAUCCAAAAAUUGAGACAACUUUCGUUUGAAAAAUUCUAACAAAUUGAAACAAUUAACCCCUGCCAAACUCACCAUUCUGUAUCUGCUCUAUCAUAGAGAUGAAUGAUAACAUACCAAAAUAGCAGAACCCAUCACCCACAGCCAAAGUUUCAGUUGCAAUCGUGCUUAAGGUAUAAUCAAAUCUCUUCAAAAUGUAAGCAGCUACAUAUCCCUUAUUCCCCCACACAAUGCAUACAGCCUCGAGUAGCACCUGGAUCAUCCGGAAGGUGCGGGCGAGGAAGGACUCCACCUCGUCGAUGCGGGGCAGGGGGCAAUGCUAGGCGAGGUCCCCGAGAUAGAGCAGUGCGGCGAGGAGAGUCGCAUUCUUGGCGGCAAUGUUGAGCACGGUCUGCCACCAUAGGCCGAGGGUGAGGACGACCUCGCCUGUUGAUUCACGCGAGUGGGACAGGGGAGGAAGGAGACUCCUCGGCCGGGGCAUCGACAUUGCGUCGGGUGAGGGUGGAGGACGGUGGGGACAUCGCGGGAGGACAGGGGUGAGGGUACGAGCAUGGACUCACGGGGUUCGUUGCUCCACCUAGGGCAUGAGGGGGAUGUGCCCGCUGUCGCCGCCGAGCUCCGGUGCCACACCGUCGGGGAUCACGGGGUUCGUAGCUCCACCUAGGGCUCUGUGGUGGAGCACAGCAAUAGAAGCAAGCGAGGCGAGGCUGUCUGCCGAGGGGAGGCCACCGGCGAUAGAGGCGUACCGGCGGAGGGGAGUGGAGGCUCGCCGGCGGGGAUGAGGCCGCCGCGCGACUGCCUGUGGGGAGGAGAGCCGCUGCGCACGCGCUCGAGGAGGAGCUUUUUGGAACCGUGAUAUCCCGAACAUUCGGGCUUCUAAAAAUUGGUAUCCCGAACAGAGCAAUUGGAAUUGUAGUAUUAUAAUCCAUUGAAAUUCGGAAUUUUAGUAUCCGAGUCAGUUUUAGCCCAGUAAUCCUUGUUGUUACGGCAGUCUGUUUCUUACGACGGAUCCACGGGCGCAAAAUCUCUCCAGAGCGCGAGAGUUCUCCACGACCGUCGCUGGCGGCGAGGUGGGCACGGCUGACGCUGCCACGGUCGGCGCUGGGCGACGGCGCGCUGUCGGACAUCGUGGGGCAGACGAGGCAGGCCAGGAUGGAGCUGCAGUAGGUGAUGUGGGAGUAUGUCGGCAUCGUGCGCUCAACGGGGCGGCUGAAGGGCGUCGAGGUCUGCGAGAUGCGCAACCUCUUCUGCUGCGCCAAGCUCGUCGUCAGGAGCGCGCUGGCCAGGCGCGAGAGCCGCGGCCUGCACUUCACCGAGGACUUCCCGUACCUGGAGGAGAGCAGGAGGAAACCUACGGUCAUCUUCCCGGCCGCCGUGCAGGAGCUCACGUGGAGCUCCAAGCCGUUGCAGAGGCAGCUGCAAGCAGAUGACAAUGCAUGCAGUUCAUCCGGCUGGGCCUUGGGGAUUCGUUAAUUCAUUAAUUUUUAAGAACUCUCAGUUAACAGCAUACACAAAAUCCAGAUAGUUAGGCUGUAGUAGCCUGCGUAUCUUUGCAAUUCUUGCCAGUUCCAGCUGUUGCAACUUGUAAACGGUGUUGUUGGAGCUGCAUUAUGGUUUAUGAACCUUGAUCCGUAGUAUAUGUAUGUGGUGAUUGGCUGAUUGCACACCAACUGAUGACCAUUGUGAUGUCAUGC